AUGAAUGUGGACAAUCAGUCUGUCACCACCGGAGCAUCGUCUAACGCCACGACAUCUUUGACUUCAAGCAAUUGUGUUACAAAUGAAAAUGCGACAAGUAACGUCGGCAGCAUCCCUGCAGUCACCAGCAACGCUUCGACCCCAGCCACUGCGGUGACGUCAUCAUCAUCAUCCGACUCGUCGGUGCCCAAUGGAGUUUAUGUGCCUGGAGGCAUCACUAAUGGAGACGUAAAGCCCAAUGUCUCCACAACCCCACUGGCUGACUUUGUCAUGCAACUGGAGGAGUACACUCCCACGAUUCCUGAUGCAGUGACAGGCUACUACCUCAACCGGGCUGGUUUUGAAGCAUCUGAUCCAAGAAUAAUCCGCCUGAUCUCCCUGGCCUCGCAGAAAUUCAUUUCCGACAUCGCAAACGAUGCCCUGCAGUACUGUAAAAUGAAGGGGACAGCAUCGGGGAGUUCAAGGAGCAAGACGAAGGAUAAGAAGUAUACUCUUACAAUGGAGGACCUGGCCCCUGCUCUUUCAGAAUAUGGCGUCAAUGUCAAGAAGCCCUAUUACUUCACAUAA